AUGGAGGGCUUGUCGCGCCUGGACGAGCUUUGCCAGGAGGCUCCCGGAAAGACGAAGGACAAGGUACCAGCCAAAGAGAGAGGCGCCAAUGGCGGCGCGCCAUCGCUGGACGAUUUCUUAAAAAUGUUUGAAGAAGAGGACUCGAAGUGCAGGUUGCCGCGCGCGGCUGACUUGAUCGUGGCGCGGAGUGAUGAAGAGGCAAAAGUUGCAGCCGAUGCAACGGCGCCUGCUGCACUCUUGGAGGACGAAGAUGGUGACGUGGCGCAUGUGUUUCUGGAGGAACCGGUCAAAGCCAAGGACGAG